AGUACGCACUUUUCUUGCUCAAUCGCAUAGUUCAGUGUGACUUGUGCAAAGAGCAUAUAUUCAGUCAGAAGAAAUCAGUCAACAGCAAACAGAAGUUAUCGCAAGUAUGAAUCGCUUUGCCUUGUUCAUUCUUCUUCUCAACUCGUGUGGCGUAUUCAUGAAAAUAACAGCCUACAAACGAUCAUGUCUUGAAAUAAGAAGAAGUUCACCUUUUGCAAGGAGUGGUGAGUAUAAAAUUUUGGUCGGUUAUAAUAGCCUUAUCACAGUCUACUGCGACAUGGAGGAGGAUGGCGGGGGAUAUACCUUCAUACCACGCGAUGCUGUAAAGCGAUGGAAGUUUCCAGGCCUGAUUAAGCAAAUUUUUAAGCAGAAAUCAAGAGUCCUUCUUCGUAUCAAAAGGAAAGAUGAGCGACAACCCUUCACCAUGAUAAAUCAACUUUCAACCUAUUUACGGGAAGAAUUUAGUGUACUGAUGCAUACAUAUUCCCCUGGAUAUGCAAGACCUGUGAACUAUAGGCUUGGUGACUAUAUCUAUCUUGGUAUAUUACCGGAGUCCAUAGCAAGAUCCCGGAGUGUUCAAGGAUUCAGAUCAAAUGGCAAAAGCGUAGCUUUCCGAAACUGUGAUGCUAAUCCCAAUGCCUAUUUUGCCUUUUUCCCGAACCAUAAUCGAAGACCCGUCAACAAUUAUCUUCGUGGAAACCCGAUUUUUGAACGUCAAGGUGUAGCAGUCCACUGGCGACGCACUGCGGUUUUCAAACCUUGGCGGAAAAAGAUGCCUAGCAAUUAUUUCUUUCUGACCGAGUUGCAUUUCGGUGGAUGUGGCACCUACACUUCCAGUGAUCGCUGGUAUGAUGCAAUUGGUACUGCUAUCGGUCUUCGUUAAAUAACUGUAUCAACUUUUGGCAAUUUAUAACCCUUUCUGAAUAAUCAGCUAGUAUAUUUUAGUAACCGUACCGUACCGUGAAUAUUAUGUACCGUAAAUAUGUAUUACAUAUACCAUAAAUACACUGAUUGUGAUGUAUUAUAGGCAUCCCAGUAAAUAAUUGAAAUAAAUCAAGCCGAGCGUUCAAGACGUCAAAUUUUGACUAAAUUUACAUUGUAUUUCCGUGCUUCGACUGUUGACUCCAGGGUUAUCUAUAUAAGCGCCCUGGUUGACUCACUCCAGGUGCGCUCUGAGUUCAGUGACAUCACGAGGCGCAUAAGCUUUAGUUAUUGAGGAUGGAAAUUCUUUUAAAAAUAUACACAAAGAUACGAAAUUC